UGACAUCACAUCUCAAAGCUCCUCUCUCCUCUCCUUUGAGCGCACCUUUGCUCCACUUCUCGCCGAGGAGGCGCGCGCACGGUUCGCCUUUAUCCUCCUCCGUCGCUCGUGAAAAAAAAGGGGGCAGGACUGAAGGAAAGCAGAAAAGCCUGGGAAAACUGAAACCAUGAACAACACUUUCCUAAACAUGGCGUCUAUAGGGGACUUCGACCCGCUGAACCUUUCUAUCCCCGCCACCAAAGUUGAAAUCACGGUGUCAUGCAGAAACCUGCUGGACAUGGAUACUUUCUCCAAAUCAGACCCAAUUUGUGUUCUUUACACACAAGGCAUUGGCAACAAGGAGUGGAGAGAGUUUGGGAGAACAGAGGUGAUUGACAACACGCUGAACCCAGACUUUGUGAAGAAAUUUAUCCUGGACUACUUCUUUGAAGAGCGACAGAAUCUCAGAUUUGACUUGUACGAUGUUGACUCGAAGAGCGCCAAUCUGCAGAAACAUGACUUCUUGGGCCAAGCCUACUGCACCCUGGGAGAGGUGGUUGGAUCACUGGGAAGUCGCUUGGAAAAGCCUCUCGGAGGCAUUCAAGGGAAGAAAUGCGGGACCAUUAUUGUGAAAGCGGAGGAACUAAACAACUGCAGGGUGAGUAAAUGGUUUUUCGUGCCAAUUAAGAUAAAAACUGUCAAAUUUUGGUCAUAUCUGGUCAUGUUUACCACUUUUUACUUGUUGUUAUUUCUCUACAGGUUUACCAUCUGCCACAAGACUGAGGUGGUGAAGAACACGCUGAACCCUGUGUGGCAAGCCUUUAAGAUCCCUGUCAGAGCUCUUUGCAAUGGGGAUUACGACAGAACAAUCAAGGUUGAAGUUUACGACUGGGACCGGGAUGGCAGCCAUGACUUUAUUGGAGAGUUCAGCACAAGCUACAGAGAGCUCUCAAUGGGACAGAGCCAGUUUAAUGUUUAUGAGGUGGUGAAUCCCAAGAAAAAAGGAAAGAAGAAAAACUAUAAAAACUCUGGAACGGUAACGCUGCUGUCAUUCCUAGUGGACAUUGAAGUCACCUUUCUGGACUACAUCAAAGGAGGGACCCAGAUCAACUUCACGGUGGCCAUUGAUUUCACAGCUUCCAAUGGAAACCCAGCCCAGCCGACGUCUCUCCACUACAUGAGUCCGUACCAGCUGAAUGCCUACGCCAUGGCCCUGAAGGCAGUAGGCGAGAUCAUUCAGGACUACGACAGCGACAAGAUGUUCCCAGCGCUGGGCUUUGGAGCCAAGCUGCCGCCAGAUGGACGGGUGUCCCAUGAAUUUGCCCUGAACGGUAAUCCUCAGAAUCCGUACUGCGCUGGUAUUGAUGGCGUGAUGGAGGCCUACUACCAAAGCCUGAAGUCUGUUCAGCUCUAUGGACCCACUAACUUCUCGCCUGUCAUCAACCACGUAGCCAGGUAUGCUGCUUCUGUGAAGGAUGGUUCUCAGUACUUUGUGCUCCUCAUCAUCACUGAUGGUGUCAUCUCAGACAUGGCUCAGACGAAGGAGUCUAUCGUCAAUGCUUCCUGCCUCCCAAUGUCAAUCAUCAUUGUGGGAGUCGGGCCAGCAGAAUUUGAUGCCAUGGUCGAGUUGGAUGGCGAUGAAGUAAGAGUCUCUUCCAGAGGACGACAAGCAGAGAGAGACAUUGUUCAGUUUGUUCCAUUUAGAGACUACAUCGACAGAAGUGGAAACCACAUAUUGAGCAUGGCCCGGCUUGCAAAAGACGUACUGGCUGAGAUUCCGGACCAGUUCCUUUCCUACAUGCGGACCCGGGGAAUAAAGCCUUCACCCGCGCCACCUCCCUACACACCGCCAGGGCAGCCAGUUCAAACCCAGAUAUAAAGAGCAGGCUGUUAAAAGUUAAAGCCUUGCAGUCAGGUGUUCUCAGAACUUAACGCUCAAAAUACUUCCGUCUCCUUAAAGCCGCUCUCCAUGCUUCGCCAUCAUGGAUGACAGGGGUUUUUCUCAUGGUCAGGAAGCUGCGCGUCAGGCCAGGAAAGACGUGCUUUAGAAGGAAAACUCAGCAAGAGUCUGUUUACUUCCACUAUCAAGCAUUCCUAUAAUUGUCUGGAUUUUGAUAGGAUAAUUAUUCCUUUUCUCUUGUUGUGCAUGUGUGUGUGAGUGAAACCGGAAAAGCUUUGGAGAGAGUUGAUAGAUUCAAAUUGUGCAGAGAAAAGAGAAGUAAAGAAGGUAAAAACUAAUAGGCUUGAAAAUUCUGGAGAAUGUCUGCAGAUAUAGAAAAAAAAAGUAUCUUCAUUUUCUGUAAAAAGAAAAAAAAAAUCGAAAUAUGUACCAUUUCUUUCUCUUUUCUCUCCCAGAAUAAUUGUUUACAGUAAAUGCUAGCAAAGAUUUGUACCGUUGAUACUUUUAUAUACAUAUAGUUUCACUCGGAAAGUUGUAAUACUUUCUCUUCUCCUGGCAUUUAUGUCAGGUAGCUGCAGUGCAGGUAGCCCAGUAGCCCUUCUGUACUGUACCGUACCGUGCUGUACCGUACUGUACUGUAUUCUAGUGUUUGUAUUAACCUUUUGCAUGCAUGUAGCCUCGGUCAAGUGCAUGCACAUAGUGGCCCUGCACUACCUCUUCUAUCCAUACAUGUUUGUGGGAGGUAAAUUAACUUUCUUUUACUUAAUUUAUCCCCCUUUGUGCCUAGUAGCUGUAUUUCCAUCCAACUAAUUAAUUUUUUUCCUUGAUUUAUACACGAUUUGUGUUAUUAUUACAAAACAAAAUCAAAUAUCAGGUAUUUGCUUAUUUCAGUGUUUUUAAACCCCAUUCUAAUAUCAUCUGCAUACGUGAUCCCCUAUGAGUUUGGGGAUUUGUAGCCUUGUAGAGUGUAGCGCUGUGUGCACAGCUUUUGUCAUCUUUAAAGUCCAAAGAAAGUUAAAAAAAAAAAAGAUUGUGAUUAUAAGUUCUGAUGUCUCCAUUUACACUCAGAUCGUGAA